AUGGCUCCGGCGGAUAUGGCCGAAUGGGAACUCCCCCGGCUGCGUGCAUCCUUCAUCUUCCAGGAUGACUUCAAGUACCUUUCCUCGGACGACCAACUAGCCACCCAAGACCUGGCCGAGUUCUUUGACGUCAAGUUCUACCCGUACAACCCGCCUGGAGCGCCCCCGAUUUUUGCCGCUACUAGCAAGAAGCAUGCCGUAAUCUGCCGGUUGACGCAGACCACGGACAAGGACACGAACCCAUGCGAGAUAAUACAGCUCAUCAGAGAUGAUGGUGAGGAUGCAAAUUGCGCCAGUUGCUGGUCUAGAGACCCCGAAACCCAAGAGGCCUGGCUCUGCAUCGCAGGCAAUGACAGCAUUGUCAAAGUCUACAAUGUGCAGCAAGGAAAGCUGGUAAAGACACUUGUUGGUCACGGUGGUGGGAUCAACGACCUCGCAACUUCGCCCAGUAACCCGCUGAUUAUAGCCUCUGCUUCCGACGACACGACUAUCAGGAUAUGGAGUCUGGCAGCGGCUCAUGAAAAGCAGCCAUGUGUAUGCAUCCUCGGCGGUGAGGCGCAUUCCUAUGAUCUGCUAAGUGUCGCCUUUCACGACAAUGGGCGGUACCUCUUAUCCGCAGGCCACGACCAGGUCAUCAAUUUGUGGGCUCUACCGGACUUGCCAACAGAGCACGUCGACAUUCCCCUCGUGAUAUACUACCCUCAUUUCUCGUCUUCCGAGAUACACAACAACCUGGUAGACUGCGUAGCCUUCUUCGGCGACCUGAUCCUCUCACGGGCCUGCCACGAAGACUUGAUCGUCCUCUGGCGCAUAGAGGGCUUCUCGUCCGAGGACCCCGUGCCGGAUCCGCUCGAUGCGCCGACGCCGACCGACAUGGCCAAGCAGACACGCUCCUACUUCACCCCGACCCUGUCCCCCUCGCGGCCCGCCAUGUUCACCCGCCUCGCCCAGUUCGCCACGCCCGACUGCGGCAUCCAGUUCUUCAUGCGCUUCCGCAUGUUCCACGCCCCCGGCAAACACCCCAUCCUGGCCUUCGCCAACGCAAAGUCCAAGACCAUGUUCUGGGACUUUGCCAGGUUCGGUUCGUACGCCCGGUACAUGGCCGAGCUGAAGGAGGCCCAGAGGACGGGGAAGCUGGAGAGUGCCAGUGGCGGUGCCAGUGCCAGUGGCCCACCGGCGGUGCAGAAGCCGUCGUGGCUGGUGGUCAAGAGGUAUUAUAAGAAAACCCCUGGCGUUGCAGCCGUGGCGGCGGCAUCCGUGGCGGGGGAUAAAGAGUCCAUGGUCUCGGCCAGCCCGGACCCGGAGAGCGUCUCGGCGCUUGGCUACAGCCAGAGGACGCUCCAGGAGUGGAGCGAGAUGUAUGACCUGUCGAAUCCCGUCGGCGCUAUCAAGGCGCACCGGACGCUGCAGAUCGAUGGCGGGUUCGUCGGACGGCAGGUGGGCUGGAGUCCGGAGGGAGAGUGGUGCGUGGUAGUGGGAAACGGGAACAGAGCGUUGAUCUACCAGCGAUGGGGUAAGGAGAAGGGCAUUGCCACGCCAAUUGCCUGA